AAAUCUCAGUCUCUAAAGUCUUUAACAAGAUAAGGAGAUUGCACUUAGUCUCAUUCAACACUGGUGCUCAGUUACAGUUCAGAUGUUUGCUUAAGUGUAGAUUGAAGGUAUUCGGUCUAGUCUGCUAGAUCUUCCACCAAUGAAGAGAACAAGACCGUGAACCCUAGCAAACAUCACCCUCAGAAGAGUCCAACCUAAUGAUUUUCAUUGAAGAUGGACAUCCACAAUAUUCCCUCAAAUGUCACAGUCUAUCGAGUGCCGGAUGGAGAAGAAACGGCUAUUGGUGUACUAUUUGGUAAUACUAGGAUGGCUUUCUUGGAUUGGAAAUGGGGUUGUAAUAUUGCUUUUAACCAAGCAAAGAAAGUCUCUUGAACCACAGGAUUUCUUGACUCUCAACCUUGCAGUUUCUGAUGCAAGCAUUGCUAUUUUUGGUUAUUCUCGUGGAAUCCUUGAGGUUUUUGAUGUGCUUAGAGAUGACGGCUAUCUUAUAAAGACAUUUUGGACUUGCAAGAAUAAAGGAAGUCAUACAACUUUAGAACGACAUGAGGUGAUAAAAGAAUUUUGAGAUCCUCCAGAUGAAUUCAAUUACAAAGUUCCAGUUUACAAUGAUUCCCUUCAGUUCACUUCACUGAUGAAUGCUCUUAGAGAACAUCACGCAGUAUCUGGUGACGUGCGAGAGGUCCAUCACUGUGUUCCCUUCGCAGUCUGGCAGGUGGUGUUAUGAGGCAGGAGAGGCUGAAGUGAUGAAUUAUUUGUAGUCGUUCCAAGGACACGGGCACAUGUCCUUUUAUCCCCUAAUCUUGCUGGCUUGUUCCCCAGGGCCUGGUUAGUGUGUGAUGAGAGUGAUUCAGAGCGAUUACUGCCUCAGGUUUGCAGAGAAUGCCAGACCUGCUUGCACAUUGUAUAAGAUGUUGUGUCUUGGCCAGGUGGAUGGAUUCCUAAUCCUGCUCUUCGGACUCAUCAGCAUCAACACACUGACAGCCAUCAGUGUCAUCCGCUACAUCAAAGGUUGCCAGCCUCAGCAUGCUCAUCACGUCAACAAGCGUAAUAUCUGCUUGGUCAUAGCUGCUGUCUGGCUGUGCUCUCUGUUCUGGGCUGGAGCUCCACUCCUGGGCUGGGGCAGUUACAGAGCUCACGGGUAUGGCACGUGCGAAAUCGACUGGACACAAGCGCUGUACUCUGUUCCGGUCAAGCUCUACGUUAUCAGUAUUUUCUUCUUCAACUUCUUUGUGCCACUGUUUGUUAUAGUUUUUACAUAUGUGUCCAUCAUCCGCACAGUCAACUCCAGCCACAAGUCCAGUCGGGGAGGAGAUAUCAGCGAGAGGCAGAGAAAGAUUGAACGCAGCAUCACACGGGUCUCCCUCAUUCUGUGUGCUGCCUUCCUGUUGGCCUGGUCCCCGUAUGCAGUCAUUUCCAUGUGGUCUGCCUGGGGUUACCAAAUACCCCCACUCAACAGCAUCCUGGCCAGCCUCUUUGCCAAGUCAGCGAGUUUCUACAAUCCGUUUAUCUACAUUGGCAUGAGCUCUAAGUUCCGAAAGGACCUGCAGGGUCUGUUCUACUGCCUCAGACCCACAUCAGCGCACAGGCACACCCCUCCUGUGCUGGCCCGGGCUGGUGAUGUGCAUCUCGACGUCGAUGGCUUUAAGGAGGAUGAGCCGGUGGACCAUAAUGCAAGUGAAAACGUACAGGAGGGAAAGACAGAGAGUUCUCCUGAAUCAGAAAGCCAGCGUAGGCCCUCACCAGAGUCCAGCAAGAGCGUCAGUCCUCAUGGAUUAAUGAGGAAACUCAGCGACUCCGGAAGACUUUAGCUGUCUUUUAUGUUAGUUUAAGUCCUCUGAAUGUUUACAUAAGAUGAUGAGAAUAAUAUUAGGAUAAUGCAGUUCAUUCACUUUCUGUAUUUUCUUAACUUCACAACAAAUAGCUACAGAAUGGGUCACAUUGUCUACAAAUGCUUCCUGUUGAGUGUGAGGUCAUUGUGUGAAUCCAAUAAAUUCGUGGUUAAAGGUU